AUGAAGCUAGUCUCGCGCAAGGUCCCCAAGAAUCUCGAGGAGGAGACCGUGUCUCUCCUCCCCGAGGAUCCCGAAGAUAUGUGGCAUGCAUACAACCUCAUCCUUCCUGGAGAUAUCAUCCACGCUCACGCCAUUCGCAAGGUCGUCACCACUUCCAACACGGGAAGCACGGCGUCUGAGCGCGUCCACACCGAGUUGGCCAUCAAAGUCAAGUCCACGUUCUUUGAUCCCGUCAUCUCAUCGCUCCGCGUCUCUGGCACUGUCACCGCCGAGAACCCCCACGUCACUCUGGGCUCCCAUCACACGCUUGACCUUGAGGUCAACCGCCCCUUCACCAUCAUCAAGCCAGAUGGCUGGGACUCGAUCGCCAAAGCCACCCUCCAGGAGACCCUGUCGGAUGACAAGGACGGCGCCGUAGCAGCCGUCGUCAUGCAGGAAGGACUUGCCAACAUCUGCCUCAUCACCCAGUUCCGGACCGUCCUCAAGGUCCGUGUUGAGAGCGUGAUCCCCAAGAAGCGUGAUUUGGCGUCGGAUCAGGAUGCAGGUAUGCGUCGCUUCUAUGAGAAGACGCUGUCCACCCUCCUACGGACCAUGGACUUUACGCAGUCUCGACCUCUGCUGCUGGCUAGUCCAGGCUUUGUGGCUGGUGACUUUAAGCAGUACAUCGCCAACCAGGGACGAGACAAGGCCGACAAGGUCCUCACCGCCGUGGCCAAGCAGGCUACUGUGGUUCACGCCAACUCGGGCCAUGUCCACAGUCUCAAUGAGGUGCUCAAAAGCCCCGAGGUCCUUGCCAAGAUGAAAGACAUGAAAUUUGCUCGUGAAACCCAGUACGUGGACCAAUUCUUUGAUAUGCUCAAGCUGGAUGACGGCCGCGCCUGGUACGGCACCUCGGCAGUCGAGAAAGCCGUCAACGAUGGCGCAAUUGGGCCAGGCGGUGGUGUCCUGCUGGUCAACAACUCGCUGUUCCGCAGCGAGGACCUCGCCACUCGCAAGAAGUAUGUUGCUAUGGUUGAGAAAGUCCGGAGUGACGGCGGCGAGGCAAGAAUCCUGAGCAGUGACCAUGAGAGCGGACAACGCUUGACCAUGCUGGGUGAUAUCGCCGCUAUUCUGAACUAUCCAAUGCUUGAUCUUGACGACGACGACGCUGAUGAACAUGACGACGAUGAACACGACAAGGAUACUAAGCAAGAGAUGGUAGAUAGUGUUAUAUAG